CUUCUUUGAGUGUCGACUUUCGUAAUGAUGAUGGACAUGCUAGGCAGGUGGUUAUUUCGCCUUUGUUGUGGGGUCGGCGGUAUCGCUGGGCUGGGCGUCACGCUCCUAUACCUUUUCCAGGACAAGAUUCUGUACGUACCGCGCAUCCCAGGCCUGCCAUCUGGGAUAUGGAAGUACCCGAACGAGUUUAAGCUUGAGUAUGAGGACGUGGACUUGACGGCAGAGGAUGGCGUCAAGCUGCACGCAUGGCUCCUGUGGGGCCGUGGCUGGACAAAGGAGGUCAUCAAGUCAAGACCCGUCAUUAUCUUCUUCCAGGAGAAUGCAGGCAACAUGUCCUUCCGACUGCCGUUCCUGCGGCUGCUCGUCUACCGGCUGAACGCGGUAGUAUUCGCAAUGAGCUACCGCGGCUACGGCCUCAGCGAGGGGCGGCCCAGCGAGGAGGGGCUGCAGAAGGACGCCCGGGCAGCGCUGCAGUACGUGCUGUCACGACCCGAGCUGGCCACCGACAAGGUGGUACUGUUCGGCCGCUCGCUGGGAGGAGCAGUAGCCACGCAUCUGGCGGCUGAGAAGCAGGAGCUGAUCAAGGCCUUGGUUCUGGAGAACACCUUCACCGGGGUGCAGGACAUGGUGUCGCGGGUGGUGCCGCCGCUGGGGCUGCUCAUAGGCACUGGCCGGCCCUGCAACUUCCUCAUCACCAACAAGUGGUCCAACCUGCAAGUCAUCCCGCGCAUCAAGGUUCCCAUGCUCAUGAUGGUGUCGCUGCAGGAUGAGAUGGUGCCGGCCAGCCAGAUGUUCCGGCUGCACGCGGCACAGACCUCGCCGCACUGCGAGCUGGAGAAGUUCAAGGCCGCAUCCCACAUGGAUGCCUAUGAUGUGGAGCCGGAGCAGUACUGGGGCGCGCUGCACCGCUUCGUCUCGACAGUGUGCUAUGGCGAGGAGGGCGCGGUGCCGGCCAGCCGAUGAGAACUUUGCUACUAGCGGUGUGUGCGCGCGUUGCCGCAAAGCAUGACACUCAGCUUUCAACUGAGGUGAACGAUGUGCCCCCCAGGCGCAGAUUAGCGUGCACCGAGGGGUGCCGUACAAAAGAUGUGUUCAUUUGAGUGCAUGUCUAAGGCUGCGUCAACGUCGUCGUGCAUGUCAAGUGGAGGACUCGGAAUGCCUACAUUAGGCUGCAUAGCAAGGGGCAUGCAGGUAUUUUGUUGUUAUCAGAGCAGAUGGAAGGUCUGAGUAGAGUCUACAGGAACCAGGUGAAAGGACACGGUGUAAUUGCCCGUUCAACGAAUGUGCGUCGAUCAUACGCCGGGAUAUGGCAGACAGACACUUCGGACUGGACUAUUUGUACUGUUGCAAAUGUGGUAGAACAGACUUCGUGCACAGCCCAUGACCGCUCACAGUUACAAAUUCUUACGUCCCCUUAACGGGCAAUGACGUAAUUCGAUUGCACAGCUCCCAUGCACGCUAUAUCCAUUUGUC